AACGCUGCGCACACGGUCACACUACUAUUUACACGCCCAAAAAAAUUGAAUCCAAUUGAAACGCGAAGAACAUAAAUAUAAACGAUGAACACACUGGAGAAAUGUGUCUUAUUCGCCAUUGUGCUCUGCUGCCUGCUGCAAUUGGGCCAGGCGAUCAAAUGUUGGGACUGUCGCAGCGAUAACGAUCCCAAAUGCGGGGAUCCUUUUGACAACAGCACGCUGGCCAUCACCGACUGCCAACAGGCGCCGGAGCUGGAGCAUCUGAAGGGCGUGCGGCCGACGAUGUGUCGCAAGAUCCGGCAGAAGGUGCACGGCGAAUGGCGCUACUUCCGCAGCUGCGCCUACAUGGGCGAGCCGGGCAUCGAGGGCGACGAACGCUUCUGCCUGAUGCGCACUGGCAGCUACAACAUCUUCAUGGAGUUCUGCACGUGCAACAGCAAGGACGGCUGCAACUCGGCGGGCAUCCAUCGGCUAGGACUGAUGGGCGUCCUCACUGGCACCCUGCUCUCGGUGAUUGUGGCUCAUCUCCUGCGGCAAUAGGUGGAUCCACCUGCUCCAGCUGUAGUCAAUGCCACGCCCCAUUUGCCACAAGGCUGACCAAAAAGUAGAAACUCUAUGAGCAUGUUGCUUGUGUGUUCAACGUAGAUAUAAACUAAAGAAUUGUAUAAUUGCAACCGAGAUAUGUAGCAAAUAUUCUUAAAAUUUGUAAAUUACCUUAAUUAGCAGUAACUUACUUGACGCGCGGACAGUCUUGUGGUAAAUGAGCGAUGUGUAAUCAAGUGCCUUUCUGUAAACGACUCGAAUUGUAACUUAAGCCUGGAAUACUACUAUUUCCGUCCAAAAUAUAUCUUACGCCUAUAACAUUCCAUCUCGUAAGCUGAAUCUCGUAAUACUGUCCAUUUUCUACAUGUAUUUUGUAAUGUUUUUAGUCGCCAAAAGGCUUACAAGUUUUUAUUGUAAUGCGAUGUCAAAUAGAACAUUUUUGAACAAUUAAAUAAACGGUUAUACACCAGA